GCUCUUGUACAAUAUCGUGAAGUCACUUUGUUGGCGAAAUCAGAUCAUCCUGCUAGUAGGGGCGCUGGAAUAGCUGCACUACCGGUAUCCUACCAGAUCAGACAUCGGAUUCAUAGAUUUCCACGUAUGUAGCAGCGGAAACUGAGCGGUGCGCACUUCCGUCUUCAACGACAGUCACCCUCCGGAGGUUCCGCACUUCACCUCAAUCACAUUCUUCUUGGCCACAUGGAUGACCGGACCGGGAUCCUGCUGCAUUGCACCGUUAUCUAAUUCAGCUGGAGGUAGUUUGUGACACGCGGCAUGCGCUAGUGACUAGUGGUGGAAGAUUAUCCGUCUACAACUUACAAGUCUAGGAGAAGGAGAGCAUGGAUUCGGACCAAGAAGACGAACUGCUUUUAAACAACAGUGAAACUGACAACAAGCCCCAUGAUAAGUUGUCGCUGUUGCCCAGUCAGGCAGCAAAGGCACCACCAGCAGAUGCAGAUUCACUGUCGCGGCUGGCACCAGUCCAAUCAUCCCCAGCAUCUCAAGCAAAAUGGCUACUAUACGGCUGGGGAUGUCAUCGAAUAUAUCGGUGUAUGUGCUCACCAAUAUGAGCUGCUCCUCCUCCUCGGUGCUACAGCGCUGGUGCACGGAAUGGACACCACGUUCUUCACGUUUGUACCGAUGUAUGCUGGCUGUAACUUCAAUCUCUCUCUAGUCGAGCAGACUUUAGUCUCUGUGAUAUACCUGGCAGGUCUGUUCUGUGGGUCGCUUGCAUUUGGCUUUAUCUCUGACGUCGCCGGAAGAAAGCUGUCCCUGGUGGCAGCGACAACACUACUGGUUGUGGUCUCCUCGCUAGUCCUGUUCACCUACACCAGUACACUGCUGCUGAUCUUCAGGUUUGUGUCCGGCUUUGCCAUCGGCGGCAUGAACAUCAGGACAACGUGGAUGUUUGAAAGUUUACCAAUUCGCCGACAUCAGGAAGCACUGCUGACGAUGGUGACACUUUGGCAAGUGGGCAUGAUGAUAGAGAUUCCGCUGUUGCUACUGGCUGGACGCAGGUGGCCAUGGCUGGUGAUAGGCAUUCACCUUCCGCUCAUUAUUAUCCUCAACUUUCUACUGCUGGCAUCCGAAUCACCCCGUUUCCUCGGAGAGCAGAGGCUCUUUGAUGAUGCUACAGCGUGCUGGCAAAGUUUGCCCAGCGUCGCCAGAUUGCCCUGCCGCAAGUUAAUCUGAUCACCGAAGCGGAGAAGUCAGCACUGGAACGGAGGAAGAAGCAGGAAGGAGACGAGCCUGAUGGAUCGGUUCAGGAGCA